CCUCUCUGGGGUACUACCCACACCUACAGGGGGCACAGGGCACCUAUCUGGGGUACCCACACCUACUGGGGGCACAGGGCACCUAUCUGGGGUACCCACACCUACUGGGGGCACAGGGCACCUAUCUGGGGUACCCACACCUACUGGGGGCACAGGGCACCUAUCUGGGGUACCCACACCUACUGGGGGCACAGGGCACCUAUCUGGGGUACCCACACCUACAGGGGGCCCAGGGCACCUUUUUGGGGUAUUCUCACCUACUGGGGUGGCACGGAUCACAGAUUACCUCUCUGGGGAGCUAGGGGGCACAGGUUACCUCUCUGAGGUACCCAGACCUACUGGGGGCACAGGUUAUCUCUCUAGGGAGCUAGGGGACACAGGGCUCCUCUCUGGAGUAUUAUCACCAACUGGGGUGGCAGGGAUCACAGGUCACCUCUCUGGGGUACCCACAUCUACUGGUGGAAUGCAGACAGUCAGCCCAAACGGACAUCAAGAAAGUCAUCCAGUCCAGAUCUCCCUGAAAAGGCUCAGAGAGAUACCUGUUCCUCUUCCAGACUUUGCUGUAAAAACCCAAGAUCCUGCUUAUAUCCCUCCUUAUAUCCCUCCUGCUUUACCAGCUAACAAGUAUCCAGCUGCCUGUUUCAACUCUGGGGAUCCAAUACCAGACUCUGCACAUCUUAUCACAAUGCAGAACAAUUUGAUUUCCCAUAAAGAACCAUCCACUAUAAAGGUUUGUCUGACAAAGCAUAUGCAAGAUGGUUCACAGGAAAAAACGGUCAUGAAAAACACACAAGACAGCAGCAACUGUAAAAGCAGAGAUGUAAAGAUUUCUCAGUUUGCUUCAGGUCAAAAAGAAACUAUCCUCACCACUUUAAAUAAAAGAGCACAGGCUGCACCUGCAACUAAAGCGGUAAAAGUGAAACUGCUGGAAGAUGUUAAGGCUGCUCAGAAAACCUCUACACGCGCUGCAAAGGAAUCCCACAGUGAGUUUGACUGCGCUACCACCGUUGCAGCUGCCACUGCUGCCGCCAUUGCCAGCGCUGUUCCUGUACUUAAGGUUCGUAGUGAUAUGGAAGCCCAAGUGAAUUCUGUUUCUCAGCUGCUUAACAAACUCCAAGAGGCAGAUAGGCAUCUGCAACGUCUUAACGAGCAGCAAAGCAAAGUCCAAACUCAGCCACUGGACAUGCAGUACCGUGAGCGAGUGACACAGCUGGAGGAUCAGCUGACCAAACUCACAGAGCAGAGACUGCAGCAUCUGGAGAAACUGCAACAGCAGCAGAUCGACAUGCAGUCCCACUUUCUAAGCUCUACUGUUAAAGACUUCUUGUGUCAACAUAAGACUACAGCCCCAGUGUGUGCUAGUCUGACCUCGGAGGCUCCAAAACUUCGGCCAGUUCAUCAGCUGGAGCAGGCUUCAUCUUCCAUCCCCAGUAAUACCAGCAAUACAGGUGCUAAUGCAUGUUCUAGCACAGAAGAUACGAGGCAGUCUGGGAAAUCCCCAUUAGAAACUCCAGCACCACGCAGGUGUGCCCCGGUACCCAUUUCAAUGGCUGCACAGGUUACCCAGAAAACAUCACUUGAAAAAGAGAAUGUGAAUGAAUGCAAAGUUCCACCGUGUUUAGGGAAAGUGAACUCUCUGCGGCAGCACGACGACAGAUCUUCCUCCUAUACAGCAAUCGACAAAAAAGACACUUCUUUAAAGUACCCCCGCCAUGGGAAUAACAGUUUCAUCCUUGAACCAGUCACCUCUUCCAAAAGCCAUUGUGGCAGCGGAUAUCCUACCACUGAACCUGCUUUGCGGAAAGCUAGCGAGGUUCUCUACGACCUGGGCUCAUUAAAGAAGGAAAUGCAUGGCAUUAUUCAGGAAGCCAAACAGUGGAGAUCACAAGUGGAUGAAUUAAAGCCCACAGCUAGGCCCAGCACGCCAUGUCUCUUCAGUGCCGUAGAGAAGCCCCAGUCUUGUUUGCUGAAGACGGCCAAUCCUCCCAAGUCCAAGUUUGAAGAUGCCGAGCGCAUCUUAAAGGAUGUGCGGUAUAGUAAGAAGGUCCUUGAAGACAAUUUGGAAGCUAUAAUCCGAGCUAAAGAUGGAGCUGCCGUGUACUCCUUGAUCUCUGCUCUCACUACAGACAGUAAUGGCGCCGAGAAAAUUCGCAUUCAGAAAGAUGUGGAUUUGUGGAUUUCUAAAAUGAACUCUGAGAUUCAGGAUGAAUUAACAACGAAGGACUCUGGGAAGAAGUUGGCAGAUCACAGAGUUCAUGAGAUGGCUCAGAGAAGAAAAGUAGGGAGUGCGAGUGACUUGAAGAACAUCAAAGGUCCAGGAAAAACUUCAUCAAAGACUAUAAAGCCUUCAGCUGAAGCCCCAGCCAAGUCUCAACACAAGCUAAGUGGGGAGAGGUUCCCAGGACAGCAUCGCAAGAAUGAUGUGCUUUCCCAAGUCUUGCUGAAGAAAGAUGGAAGGUCAAAGGAAUCUAAUGAGUCUGCUCUACUGAAUGAAGACGCUUUAGACCAAAUUUAUGGGAAGCCUCGUUACCAAGGGCACCGCAGCACUUUGAAGAAGGGACCUUACCUUCGUUUCACCUCCCCUUCCCCCAAAUCCAAACCCCAAAGGCCUAAAGUUGUGGAGACUGUACGAGGCGUUAAACAGAAGUCAGCAAAGGUUCAGACUGGCUUUGAUGAAUAUGCGACAUCCAUCAUAAAGUCAAGAAUACGUGAUCUGCACGCACCAAGCAAGUAUGAGCCACAAUACCUGUUUAAUCCCAAAAGGGAGGCUGUGGAUGUGAAUACUGCACGUGAAGGACAUCUCAUCCCCAUGGCUAUUCCACUAGGGAGAACACAGUCAGGUGGGGCAGCUCCAGUGCCCAUCAGUGUUCUUAUCACACAAUCUCAACCAACAACAGUCACUGUCUCCAUUCCUCCAACUUCUCCAAAACUGAAACAGAAAGCCACUAAACCUAACAUAGCAGUGGUCGAAAUGAGAUCGGAGAAGAGGGAUCCCCCAAAACUUACUGUAGAGGUAUUGCCCUGUGUUGAUAUAGACAGCAUAGCAAGUGACAGCACAGACGUGAGCCAAAGCACCGCCGGUACUUCCCCACCUCCACCCGCACAGCCUGAUAUACAGUUACCGGUUAGUGCUGAAUCUGAAGAAGAAAUCCUUGCAUUUCCUGGCACCUCUUUUGUCCAAGAUCUGGAUAUGGUACAGGACGAGGAGGAAGAGGAUGACACUGCUGAACGGGUGCUGGAACUCGAUGGUUGGACAGACACCCAUCCUCCUCACUACCAUGGCAUUCCCUUCCCACCCCCGGCCCCAGCUCCACCUGUUGUUACAGAUAUCCUGGAUGGGAUUAUAAACAGGAAGGAGACCCUGGAAAACAGACUGGUUAGUUGGGUGGAACAAGAAAUUAUGGCUCGAAUCAUCAGUGACAUGCAACCGAUGAGAGCUGACGCUGUGCCCGAUAUCAGCAGGGAUAGCAGUGUGUCAAUAACUUCUGAUAUUGUGGAGACUGCAGGAGGUGAAGGCUUGCAGUUAUUUGUUGAUGCUGGAAUUCCUGUAGAUUCAGGAUUAGUUCGCAAGCUUGUAGAUGAAGCUCUGGCAGAGAUCAUUGCAGUUAUGCUGGGAGAACGAGAAGCUUGCGGUGCUCCUAACACACAGCCAACCGAACCACCUCGUCAGGUCCCAGAAGAGGCUGUGCCUACCCCCCAGUGCACACCGCCUGCAUCUCCACCCCUAUCUGUGAGAGAACCGUCUAUGGUGAAAACACCCGUCCUGUCACCGCAAACAUCACUAGAAGAGCCAAUAUCUCAAGCUGAAACCGCUGAAAAUGUUGGACUACAAAUUGUGAGAAGUCCAAUUCACACUCCUCCGAUUACUCCACCUGUAUCUCCCCCCAGAGUGGUAACUCCAACGCCACCUGUGUCUGAGGCCAAUGAAGACCAAGCAGAUACACACAGACCUGAUCUUACCAACCCUUGGAGCAGUCUGGAACUGCCCUUAGAUGAAGAGAACCCCCAUUCUGUGAAGGAGCAAGUUCAGUAUAAAGACGCAGUUGUAAUGACAGUGGCAGAAGAUGAAGAGCCCGGCAGUUUGAUCUCAGAUUCCCCUGAACCAGACAAAUCUCCGAUAUCUCCCAUUCCUCAACCAAGGAGCCCUUCGCCUCCACCCUCACCUAGCUCUGGACCUUCUACGGUGCAAAGCAGCCUCACCGUCACCAUCACAGACACAGACAGCCUCGAUCGACCCAUCUCAGAGGGUGAAUUCUUGCACAGCUAUGGACAGAUCGCUGCUGCAAGAGCUUUGGCAGAAGAUGGAUUGCUGGUCCCAAAUCUGUCUGGCAGCUUGUCCAGCACUCUGAGAGAUGCCAACGACAUGGAGUAUGAUCCUCCCAGCGAGGGGCAAGUAAUCCACAGAGGCCAGAGGGGAGCUCAUCGGGAUCCUGUUCUGUCAGCCCUAUCCAAAUUAAAUCAAGAUCUGCUUUUACCACAGGCAGUUUUAUACCAUCCCCAGGACUCGGAGGAUGAAGACAGCACUGGAGAGAUCAGCGAAGGCCAAAGACCGCGUUUCACGGCGGCAGCAGAACAAGUUCUGGUGGGACACUCUGCCAUCAGGGGAAGACCUGCUGAUACCAGUCACACUGAUGGAUUUCCAGGACAGCGACCAUCAUCACCAGGACUCGUCCAAGGGGAACCAGGACUAAGCCAUGCAGGUUCCGAUAUUCUGAGCUCCGGCCCGAUGAGUGUCAGGGAACUGGAAUCUCGCGUAGUGCCGACUCCAUAUGGACAUCCUUCCAGUGGUGACCACAGACAAGCUGUACAGGAUCCUCUGUUCAUUCAGAAGCAGCAGCCCCCAGCUCAGGCCAACUUCAUACAAGUUAACGUUAAGCCGAGAGGUGAUCUCCACCAAGGAGGACAGGAAGAUUCAGAAAGGACAGUUGUUGAGCCUAACAUGUAUGUCAGCUCAACGUUUCCAAGCAGGAGUCAAGGAACCCUUGUAGACGCACCCAAAAAGAUGUCUUUGACCAUUCCGUCUAUGAAUGAAGAGGACAAUGAAGAUGUUAAAUCUACUUUUAUUGAGUCUGAUUCAUCAGGUGCUGAUACUUUUUGAAAGAGGUGGCUCCUAGUGCCGGCUACCAAGAACCAAUUUAUGACAGUGUGCCUUGACAUGAAGUGCAUUUAGCCCUGCGUUUGGCCAGAUUAAGGCUCUGAAUCCAGUAAUCAAUGUGGCUGAGUUUGCAAUUGUUAUCUUCCUUAAUCUCUUCAAUAAAUGUUUCUACAGGCUUACCUUACUGUUUUGACAGACCAUGGCCUUCUCUGAUAACACUACUUCAGUUUAUAUUGUUAAGAGUGCCUUAAUCUAUUGAUUACUAGGUGUCCGGUAAUGACCCUUAGACUCGGCUAGCUGAUAUGUCUUUAACCAGCACAUGUAUACAUACAGCACAAUCCUUAACUUCUAUAUUAUUCUGUUACAAGUCAGUAAUUGUAAUGUUAACCUUCGGGUAUAUUCUCAAAUUUUGUAAAUAAUCAGAUUUUAUAUUAUGUAUUUUUA